AUGGAGUUGCUCUCAGCAUCAGUUGGCAACUUUACAGUUGAUCUUUUCAGCAAGUUGAAUGAGUCCAAUAAAGGCAAAAACAUUUUCUUUUCUCCUUGGAGCAUCUCAUCUGCUCUGGCCAUGAUGUACCUGGGUGCAAAAGGUAACACAGCAACAGAGAUGGCAGAGACUCUUCAUUUCACUCAAGCUGCAGGAGCUGAAGGCUCUUCUUCUGUGGCCAGACCUUCUCGGGGAAGACCAAAGAGAAGAAAAAUGGAUCCUGAGCACAAGCAAGCUGAAGACAUCCAUUCCGCCUUCAAAGAGCUCCUGGCUGCAAUCAACAAACCCAGAAAUACCUACUCACUGAAAAGUGCCAAUCGAAUCUAUGUGGAAAAAACCUUCCCAUUACUACCUAGGUACUUACAGCUCAGUAAGAACUACUACAAUGCAGAACCACAGAAGGUUAACUUUAAGACAGCAACGGAACAGGCAAGGAAAGAAAUUAACACCUGGGUUGAAAAACAAACAGAGGGCAAAAUCAAGAAUUUGGUGAAUUCUCGAAAUGUGACAGGCUCCACCCUGCUGGUCCUGAUAAACGCUAUUUACUUCAAGGCAGACUGGGAAACAAAAUUUCAGGCAAGAAACACAGAUCUGCAACCCUUCCGAAUGAGCAAGAACAAGACCAAGCCUGUGAAGAUGAUGUAUAUGAGACAUGUAUUUCCAGUUCUCAUCAUGGAAACAAUGAGUUUCAAAAUGAUUGAGUUGCCAUAUGUGAAACGUGAACUCAGUAUGUUCAUCCUCCUUCCUGAUGACAUCAAAGACAGCACCACAGGUCUCGAGCAGCUGGAAAGAGAACUGACAUAUAAGAAGCUGUCUGAAUGGUCUGAUUCUGAGAUGACGACAGAAACUACUGUGGAUCUGUACCUGCCUAAGUUCACAGUGGAGGAGAAAUAUGACCUCAAAGAAACUCUGAUGAGCAUGGGAAUGAACAGUGCCUUCAGUAGUAAUGCUGAUUUCAGUGGAGUCACUGGGAUGAAUAAUUUGAUGAUCUCACAGGUUGUUCAUAAGUCUUUUGUUGCAGUUGAUGAGAAAGGCACUGAGGCAGCAGCUGCUACUGCUGUAAUUAAUACACUUACAAGCCUAGGUCCAACAAAUGUUCUGGAAUUCAAGGCUGACCACCCUUUUCACUUCUUCAUCAGACACAACAAAUCCAAGAGCAUCAUCUUCUUCGGUAGAUUCUGCUCCCCCAUAGAAUGA